UUUUUUUUUUUCUUUUAUGCAUCGAUUACUGGUUCUCUUUUCUUCUGUUUUAGGUUUUUUUUUUAUUCCGCGACAGUACUGUUUAGGGAUCUUCAUAUGUUUUCAGACUGAUUUCAAUUCAGGAGUUUUGUUUUUUCUGAAUAAGUGUAUUGCUUCCUUGCAUGAAGACAAGCCCACCAUCUGUAUGAUAGUUUGCUUUUGAGAAGAAAGAGAAUAUAUGUACAAAUUUUUAUGUGAAAUAUGGCAAACAGCAAAUAUGAGUAUGUCAAGGGUUUUGAACUUGAGGAUGAGGUGAUGUUUCCGAGUUUCAUCCUUGUUUCGAUCAAUGCUUGUAAACUUCCCAAGCCUUAUGAUGUAAAUGUCUUGAAUUUGAUGAACUCUUGUGCUGUUGCGAUGCUCGAAGAGUUUGCAGAUGUAGUCCUUGCAUACGGGUUUAGUGAUGAGUAUACCUUUGUUUUCAAGAAAAGCACCAAGUUCUAUGAAAGGCGAGCUAGCAAAGUAUUAUCCAUUAUUUCUUCUUAUUUUGCAUCUGUCUUUGUGAGAAAAUGGCAUGGAUUCUUUCCGCAGAAGGAACUGCAUUCUCCUCCUUCCUUCCAUGGGAAAGUUGUACCUUGUGCAUCCAUAGAUGCCCUUCAAGCUUAUCUUUUGUGGAGGCAAAAUAUAUGUCAUUUGAAAAAUCAAUAUGAUCAGUGCUUUUGGCGACUUGUUGAGCGCGGGAUGAAUGAGAAGGAAGCACAAGAGUUCAUCGAUGGAGCCAAGAAACGUGACUUAAAUGAUAUUUUAUUUGACGAGUUCAAAGUCAAUUACAAUACACUGGAUCCAAUAUUUCGACAAGGUUCCUGUAUUUUAAAGACAAUGGUAGGGGCUGUGGUGAAGUACACAGAAACAGGUGCUCCAGUUAAAAGACAAAGGAGAGAGAUAAUCACAGUGCAUUCCAAGAAAAUAGCAAGCCCACGAUUUUGGAAUGAGCAUUCUAUUCUUUUGAAGGAGCUUGGUGUUUUUGUAGAGGAGAUUAACAAUGUGAAACCAGAGUAUGUGAGGUCCUUUGAAUUUGAUAGCAAGUUGAUGCCAUCUAUAUGGGUUGUAGUGCGGAUAGAUGGAUGCCACUUCCACAGAUUUUCCGAGAUACAUGAAUUUGCAAAGCCAAAUGAUGAUCGAGCUCUUAACUUGAUGAAUUCAUGUGCAGUGGCUGUCUUAGAGGAAUUUAGGCAGGAUAUAGUAUUUGCUUAUGGGGUUAGUGAUGAGUACAGUUUCAUUCUUAAGAACUCCACUGAUCUUUAUGAAAGGAGAGCUAGUAAAAUCGUAUCAGCCAUUGUGUCUUUCUUCACAUCCACUUACGUGAUGAGAUGGAAAGAUUUCUUCCCUCAAAGUGAGUUAAACUACCCUCCUUCUUUUGAUGCGCGAGCAGUGUGCUAUCCAUCUGCUGAGAUAUUACGGGACUAUCUUUCGUGGAGGCAAGUGGAUUGCCACAUAAACAAUCAAUAUAACACUUGUUUCUGGAAGCUUGUUGCAUCUGGUAAAAGCAAAAAGGAAGCUCAACGUAGUUUAAAGGGUGCUCAACUGCAAAAGAAAAUCGAGGAAUUGUCUAUCGAUUACAAUAAAUUGCCAGUGAUGUUCCGACAAGGAUCCUCAGUUUUUUGGGAUAGGGUAGACAAUGUUCUCAUCCAUCAGGAGAAUGGAGAGUCUUCUGAAAAGUAUGGAAAGGUCAUUGUAAAACAUAUUGACAUCAUAGGAUCAGCCUUUUGGCUAGAACACCCUGGUAUCCUUUAUGGAAAGCAUUAUAACCUUGGCAAAGCAACCAUACUCCAGGUCUGAUCACAAUCUGCAAGGGGUAUUAGGACCAAAAUAUUUCCUUUUAAACGAAAAAAGGUUAAACCCGAAGAAGUUGUUCCGUCAAUACCCGUGCCAGCAAAAAAGAAGGAAAGAUCUCCUUCAUCAUUGGUGGUUAGUGCUCCCAAAGUUUCAACGCAUUCAGGCUUUACAGGAAAGAGAACAAAAACUGGUACAAGAAAGACUGCUGCUUUACAAGGAUGCAGUUUUAUCCAUCAAGGCUCCACCAGUGUUAUAAUAGCAGACCCAUGGCUGCCAUAGUGGAUAUACAUGGCUGUUUUCGGGCUCGCGGCAGUGGUAAAUAUCGGCCGAUAUUGUGGGUUUUACUACCGGUAUGGCGGGAUUUUGGAUCUUCGCCAUCGACAACACUGGGUUCCAUGGAGAAAGAAGAAACAGAUGAUGAAAAUAUUCUGGCAAACUCAGCAUCUGUUUCAAUUUAGGACACUAGGACUUACAUUACAUUUCAAUUUGUGGUCGGGCUUUUACUUGAACAAUUAUGACACUUACAUGUGAUUAUGUGUGAUUAUGCACGUGCACGGUUGUUAUAUUUUUGUAGGGUUCUUUCAUAGGUGUGACUUCUAAGAAGCAUAGACCUAACGAAGAUACAAACAACAAUAUGGACCUUACCGAAGGAAAGGCUGAUCUUUGGGCGCAGGCAAUAGAACAAAGUCCUCAAGGUCAAAUUUACAAGGGACUCCUCUUGCCAAAGUAGAGUCUCCAGUUACUCCUCACGGUGGAUUAGCGAUGUCUGAAAUUACCAAAUCAGAGCCACCUACAUCUGUUCGGAGUGAAUUACACAUGCCUAAAACUAAGAACAAGAGUAAUAGACAUAAAACAAAGUUUGGAGAUGACAAGGAUGGAAACACCUUGCGUUCAGGACCAGUGAAGCGAAAAAGGCUGUGUCCUGCUAAUCAGAAGAGAACCACAGCAUCUGGGAUGUCUGCCUCACCAUAACUCGUGUUAGAUGCAACAGGGAGCAGGUGCAACAGGAAAAACAGUCCUAUUUGGUUUACAUUAGUUGGUUCAGAAGACCAGAAUGGAGAAAUUUCCUUGCCACAUAUCUAGGCUUGCUAUUCAAGAAUAAAGUAACUUUUUCAACUCAUGUAGUCUUUGAGUUUUUUGGGAUUGAGUUAGGUCUAGUCUCAACUCUCAAGUUAAGAGAAACAUGCAAAGUUACUCCUUACCAGAAUUUUGCUAAUAGAAGUUGGAUAAUUAUUUCCCCUUCCUCCUUGAACAUAUUAUGUGUGUUUCCUUGCAAUUCUGCUAUCACAAGCAAAUAACUAUCCUGUACAGAUUGGGUCUCUAUGAUGUACAUUACCACAGUAAUGGUGAAAAACACUCCCAUUGAUCUGGCAGUUAUUGUAGUCAGUUACAAGUAAUUAAAACUAAAAUUUUUGGAACAA